AUGAGGCUUACAAGGAACCGAACACUUGAUCUUUUCCACAAAAUCUGUAAAAUUAUCUAUCUCAGCUGCGCUACCAAUUUCUGGUUUGAAGACAUGAAAUAUCCCGCAAAGUUCAUGAGAAUCUACGACGCCAUAUCUUUUAUCUUAGAAAUGAUUGUAGCAUCGUUCAUCAUUUCUAGUUGGGGUGCUUUUUUCACUCAACCAAAUUUGACGGAAAAGCAGAGCGCUGAUAGGUCUUUAUUUGCGCUGUCACAUGCAACUCUCUACGCUGUUUACAGCAGCACGGUUUAUUACAAAGAGAAGGUUCGAGAACUGGUGAAGACGCUAGCUCUGAGUUUGAAGGCAGUGUGUGAUGAUGAGGAGAUUGAGACGAUGAUGAUUAGAACGACGUUUGGGUAUCUCAUGGCGUUGGUUUUCAUGUGUUCGUCCACUUUGUUUUCUUAUGGGGUUGAAAAUGGAAUCCAAGCCCUUACAACAAACGUCGAAAACCGAACACAGAUCGCUGGAGCCACUCGCAUAAUAUUCUACAUAGUCUGGUGGAUUUUCGCGAUCAGAGUCGUUUCCGUCUACCUCAUCAUCCUCACUAGUACUAUCGCAAUCGCACACAACUUUAAAAACCUGUGCAAAUACUUUGAAGACCUGAACACCAUUUUUGAGGUUAGCGGCAGUCAGGAAGAGAAGGAGAGGAGAUAUGAAGAUGGAUUUAAAGUCGGGAUUCAAAUGCAUUCUCUUACGUUAUGGUGCAUUCAGCAGACGCAGCAGGUAGGCGGAGUGGCGUUCAGCGCGCAGUUGAUCAUGAAUGUUUGGGUACUGAUAAUGCUCAUGAUUCAGAUGAUGUUCACAGAGCGGACUCUGAUGGCAGUGAUGCCGAUAGCCUUCAUGGCUGCGGCGGUUCUGGUGGGCACUGCUGUGUUUGUCUGGAAUGCUGGCAACGUCACUAUUGAGGCAUCGCGUCUGCCAACCGCCAUGUUUCACUCGGGUUGGCACAACUGCACGAGAAAGUCCUCGGUGCGGAUCCGGAAAGUGGUCACCAUUGCCAUCGCACAAGCUCAGAAACGAGUUUUGAUAAAAGGACUUGGGUUCAUCGAGCUGUCAUAUGAAUCAUACGUAAAGAUUGUCAAGACAUCAUACUCUCUAUUUUCCGUAAUAUACUGA